CCUAAUUCACAUUUAGCGUUUUACAGAAAAAGGGAAUUUUGAUAAAUAAAUACAUUUUCAAUUUUCAAUUUAAUAUAUUUUUUUCCUUGUUGUAGACUUUUGUCUUUUGGGUGUAUAUAAAUAGGACAAUUGUAUUGGCCUGGUCAUCAGAAAGACAUUUUUAUUAUUCAUUACCCACUUGACAACUUAAAGUCUUACGAACUCCAUCAAAACUAGAUUUUCUCACCUUUGAAAGCUUAUUUCCAAUGGAGAAUUUGAUGGGCUUGCUCAGAAUUCAUGUGACCAAAGGGGUGAAUCUUGCGAUCAGAGAUGUCAGGAGCAGUGAUCCUUAUGUUAUUAUCAGAAUGGGAAGACAGAAGUUGAAGACCCGUGUUGUGAAGCAGAAUGUCAAUCCUGAGUGGGAUGAAGAUUUGACCCUAUCUAUUGCAGACCCUCAUCUCCCAAUCCAGCUUUCAGUGUAUGACAGAGACACAUUCAGUCCAGAUGACAAAAUGGGGGAUGCAGAAUUUUACAUCACCGACUAUUUACAAGCUCUAAGGAUGCGUUUGGAAGGCCUCCCAAGUGGAACCAUAAUCACAAAAGUUCAGCCAAGCAGGGAAAACUGCAUAGCUGAAGAGAGUUGCAUUGUCUGGGCUGAUGGUAAGGUUGUUCAAAACAUGGUUCUUAGACUGCGAAAUGUUGAGCGUGGCGAACUAGAAAUCCAGUUGCAGUGGAUUGAUAUACCUGGUUCCAGGGGUUUGUAAUUCACAUAAACUCUCCGUUUGAUAUAAAGCUUAGUGUAUAUAGAAGGUUUUGAGCAAUGCAAGUUUCGAACUGGUUUUUAGAUGCUAAAACCCAAAUAUCUUAUCUGUGAAACUAGUAUCCAUUGAACAUUAUGGAACAUGGUUUUAUUAUUUUUA